AUGCAACACAGUAACAAUAUCACAGAAUUUGUUCUCCUGGGCCUCACUCAGGAUCCCAAUGCACAAAUAGCACUAUUUGUCAUGUUUUUAAUUACCUAUGCUGUGAAAAUUCUGGGGAACCUGCUCAUCAUGUUGACUGUCCUGGCCAGCCCCUCCUUAGGCUCCCCAAUGUACUUCUUCCUUGCCUAUCUGUCACUCAUGGAUGCAGUUUAUUCCACUGCCAUUUCACCCAAGUUGCUGAUGGACCUACUCAGCGAUAGGAAGACCAUUUCCUUCUGGGCCUGCAUGAGCCAGCUCUUUAUAGAGCACCUAUUUGCUGGCGCUGAGGUCUUCCUUCUGGUGGCAAUGGCCUAUGACUGCUAUGUGGCCAUCUCUAAGCCUCUGCACUAUUUGACCAUCAUGAACCAACUGCUUUGCAUCCUUUUCUUGGUAGGGUCCUGGGCUGGAGGCUUUACACACUCAUUGAUUCAACUUGUGUUGGUUUAUAAUCUCCCCUUCUGUGGCCCCAGUGUCAUGAAUCAUUUCAUCUGUGACAUGUACCCAUUACUGGAGCUUGUGUGCACUGACACCUAUCUCAUUGGCCUCAGUGUGGUGGCCAAUGGUGGAGCCAUCUGUAUGGUAGUCUUCAUCCUCCUCUUUAUGUCCUAUGGCUUCAUCCUAAACUCCCUUAAAACUCACAGUCAGGAAGGGAGGUGCAAGGCCCUUUCUCCCUGCAGCUCACAUAUCACUGUGGUUGUCCUCUUUUUUGUUCCCUGUAUUUUUAUUUAUGUUAGACCUGUUUCUACCUUUCCCAUUGACAAAUCAAUAAGUGUGGUUUGUACAGUUUUUACUCCCAUGCUGAAUUCUUUAAUAUACACCCUGAGAAUUUCAGAAAUGAAAAAUGCUAUGAAAAAACUCUGGUGUAGGAAGUGA